CGCCGGAGUCCAGAGGGUGGAAAAUGAGUGCUUUCAAAAAGCAUAAUAGCCUUUUUCCCAGGACCUUCAGAAGAUCUUUGUCAGAACAAGAUGCUGGCACAGCUGCCUUGAAGGACUAUCAUUGGUACCACCGAAUGAAAAGCAAGAAGUUGAAUAAACAGAUGAGUUUUGACUCAGAGAAACCUCUUGGAGCGUACAGAUGGCAAACACAUCCUUGGCCUCCCUGGAGGGUAAGCAAAAGAGAGGGGUCCUCCAGUUUGAAAGGGGAAUGUAAUGACCCAAGUCUUGCCAAAAGUUCUGCAAGUAUGGAUGCUACCAGUGCUGACAAUCUCCACGAAGAGCCACCUGAGGCACUCUUCCCGACCAGGACUAGGCCGUUCCGGGUUCCCUUCAACCGCUCUCUGUCUGAGCCCGUGCCACACACCGGCAGCAGGAAUGCCCGGCCGUUCCUGCAAGCCGUGCACUCGCUGGACACCGAGCAGCAGGGCUACUUCGUCCGGGGCAUCUUCUCCUCUCUCUCAAGUGGCUUUUCAAAGAUAGUGAGUCGAAAAGGGGAUCCUGUCAGUGAAUCCAUAACUGAAGGGAAGACAGAGGACAAUCAAUUUAUUUUGAGUGCAGAUGUGAAAGGACCACCCACCCACAGACUAUCCUGCGGCCAGUCCCCCUACACCGAGAUGACAACUUGGGAGAGGAAAUACUGCAUCCUGACAGACAGCCAGCUGGUGCUGCUCAACAGGGAGAAGGAGGUGCCCACAGAAGGGAUCCCGGAGCCGCAGGAUGCCUCCCGCGGGCGCUGCCUGCGCCGCACUGUCAGCGUCCCCUCCGAGGGCCAGUUCCCCGAGUACCCGGCAGAGGGGGCCGCCCAGCUAGAGGUCCCAGCAGAGAGAUCUCCUCGCAGACGGAGCAUCUCAGGGACCAGCACCUCUGAGAAAACCAACUCCAUGGAUGUUCCGAACACUUCUCCUUUCAGAGUACCAGGCUUCUUCAGUAAGCGCCUGAAAGGAUCCAUCAAGAGGACAAAGAGUCAAUCCAAACUGGACAGGAAUAUCAGCUUCCGUCUGCCGUCUCCCAACAGUUCUGAGGACAGACCACGUGAGCUGCCCAAGCUGAAGGAGUCCCGUUCCCAUGAGUCUUUACUGAACCAAACCAGCGCCAUAGAGACUCUGGACUUUGCGGCAGAAGAAGCAGUCUUUGUCAAACCACUUCACAACAGCAUCCUUGGACGAGACUUCUGCUUUGAGGUAACCUACUCCAAGGGCAGUAAAUGCUUCAGUUGUUCUUCUGCAGCAGAGAGGGACUGGUGGAUGGAAAACAUACGCAGACUAUCGCAGCCAAUGAAGGACAAUUGCCGUCGAGCUGAAAACGUGCUUCGCCUCUGGAUCAUAGAGGCCAAGGACCUGACCCCCAAGAAGAAAUACUUCUGUGAGCUGUGCCUUGAUGACACCCUCUUUGCCCGCACCACCAGCAAAGCAAAAGCAGAUAACAUUUUCUGGGGGGAGCACUUUGAGUUCUACAGUCUCCCACACAUUCAGAGCAUCACAGUUCACAUCUACAAGGACGUAGAGAAGAAAAAGAAAAAGGACAAGAACAAUUACGUAGGCCUGGUCAACAUUCCCACAGCCAGUGUGACCGGUCGUCAGUUUGUGGAGAAAUGGUACCCAGUCAGCACCCCUACAGCCAACAAAGGCAAAUCAGGGGGGCCUUCCAUUCGGAUCAAAUCCCGUUACCAGACCAUCACCAUCUUGCCCAUGGAGCAGUACAAAGAAUUUGGGGAGUACGUUACCAGCAACUACGCCCUGCUGUGCUCCGUGCUGGAACCUGUCAUCAGUGUCAAGAACAAGGAAGAGAUGGCUUCUGCCUUGGUGCAUAUUCUUCAGAGCACUGGGAGAGCCAAGGACUUCUUGACAGAUUUGGUGAUGGCUGAGGUCGAUCGUUGUGCAGAACAUGAUGUCUUGAUCUUCAGGGAGAACACACUCGCUACCAAAGCUAUUGAGGAAUACCUCAAGCUGGUAGGACAGAAGUACCUCCAGGAUGCACUGGGGGAGUUUAUCAAAGCUGUGUAUGAGUCAGAUGAAAACUGUGAAGCAGAUCCCAGCAGGUGCUCACAAAGUGAAUUAGCAGAUCAUCAGUGCAACCUGAAAAUGUGUUGUGAGCUGGUCUUCUGCAAGAUUAUCAAUUCUUACUGCGUAUUCCCUCGUGAGCUGAAGGAGGUGUUUGCAUCUUGGAAGCAGCAGUGCCUGAACAGGGGCAAGCAGGACAUCAGUGAACGCCUGAUCAGUGCCUCUCUCUUCCUGCGCUUCCUGUGCCCUGCCAUCAUGUCCCCCAGCCUGUUCAACCUCACGCAGGAGUAUCCUGAUGACCAGACCUCCCGCACGCUCACCCUCAUCGCUAAAGUCAUCCAGAACCUCGCCAACUUUGCCAAGUUUGGUAUUAAGGAAGAGUACAUGGCCUUCAUGAAUGAAUUUUUGGAACACGAAUGGGGAGGAAUGCAGCGUUUUCUGAGGGAGCUCUCUAACCCAGAUACCAUCUCAAACAUGCCUGGAUACGACGGCUACAUCGACCUGGGCAAAGAGCUCUCUGUGCUGCAUUCCCUCCUGUGGGAGGUUGUGUCCCAACUUGAUAAGGGUGAAAAUUCCUUCCUACAGGCAACCGUGGCAAAACUGGGACCUCUUCCUCGUAUUCUUGCGGAUAUCACAAAGUCCAUGACCAGCCCUACACCCACUCAGCAGCAGCUGAAGCGUUUCACAGAGCACAGCUCCAGCCCAAAUGUCGCUGGAAGUCUCUCCUCAGGACUUCAGAAGAUAACUGAGGACCCCACUGAUGGUGACAUAAACAAGAUGAAGUCUCCAACCCAGGAAAAUGUAGAUGGACAUUUUAGGGGCAAGACCUUACUGCUGGUUCAGCAGGCAUCCACCCAGAGCAUGACUUGCUCAGAUAAGGAUGAGAAGGUAAGUGUCUUGCCCAACGGACGUAGCAUCUCUCUCAUGGACCUGCAGGACCCUCACACAGCUCACAGUGACACUGCUUCCAUGAUGCACGACGUGCCUUUGCGCCUGGCGGGCAGCCAGCUCUCCGUCACUCAGGUGACCAACAUCAAACAGCUGUGGGACACCCAGAGCACCCCCCAGAGCGCUCCCCAGGUCCGGAGGCCACUGCACCCGGCGUGGAACCAACAGGGCAGCCUCCGGCCUCUCUCGUUCCAGAACCCGGUUUACCAGCUCAACAACCCCAGCCCCCCCAUGGCCAAGGCGUCUGUGGACUCCAGCCCCGAGAACCUGAGCACUGCCAGCUCCCGGAGCCGCAGCAACAGCGAGGACUUCAAGCCCAGCGGGCGCAGCAACAGCAGCCUGGAGGACUCUGCCAAGCGCAGCUCGCAGAGCGAGGACUCAGCGCGGCGCCCCGCGGGCCCGGACAAGCACAUGCCGGUGGUGCUGCCCCGCCAGAACAGCAGCAGCCAGGCACAGAUCCGCAAGAUGGACCAAGCCGUGCUGGGCACCAGGGCCAAAACGCUGCACACCCUGACGCACAGCCCUUCCCUGCGCAGCACGGGCAGCGUGUCCGGAGCCUCGGGGGCAGUGGGCAUUGAGCCCAUCCAGAAUGGGAACCGCUCCCGGCACCAGUCCUCAUCCUCCAGGGAAAGCCCCGUCCCCAAGGUGCGGGCAAUUCAGCGGCAGCAAACGCAGCAGGUGCAGUCACCAGUGGACUCAGCCACACUGUCCCCAGUGGAGAGGACGGCUGCGUGGGUGUUCAACAACGGGCAGUACGAGGACACCAAGAAGGACAUGGCUCAGAACCUGGAUGAAGUCAAGCAUGCUGAGAAGUACGAGCAGGAGAUCGCCAAGCUGAAGGAGCGCCUGCGGGUGUCCAGUCGCCGGCUGGAGGAGUACGAGCGGCGGCUCCUGGUGCAGGAGCAGCAGAUGCAGAAGCUGCUCACAGACUACAAGUCUCGACUGGAGGACAGUGAGGACAGGCUGCGCAGGCAGCAGGAGGAGAAGGACAGCCAGAUGAAAAGUAUCAUUAGCAGACUCAUGGCCGUUGAAGAGGAGCUGAAAAAGGAUCAUGCUGAGAUGCAAGCAGUCAUUGAUGCAAAGCAGAAAAUUAUUGAUGCACAGGUCAUAAAUGGGGAUGAGAUAAUUCCAACAGGAGAAGCGGAUCGUGUUCCUGGACUCGGCCAACACGCGCCUGAUGAGUGCCCUGACGCAGGUGCUGCCAACCACCUCCGUGGAAGUGCAAGACGGAGCAGAGCCAAGACCCCUCACCGUCACUGAUUGUUGCACAUAGUUCUUCUGUAAAAGGAAAAUUGUAUUGUUUGAAGAUUGUAUUGUUUGAAGAUUGUUCUAAAAUUGUUUUAGAAUUGUAUUUUAAAGUUGUACUUUAAAUUGUUUUAAGAUAGUAUUGUACAUUCAAUAAAAUUGAAAAAGCAACUCUGAAGGGUGGGCUUUAAUUCCCCACUCAGGGCCAGGAGAACCAGGCUCCCCAGAAUAAGUCCUUGUGGAUCACUGUGUAAAUAGAGGGAGCUCUUGGGUUGUGUACAGAAAAUGCCAAUGUAAUAUACCAAAAGGAAGUGAAUACUGUAGAUUUUUUUAAUUAUUGCUAUUUUUUUUAAUAUUAUUAUUAUGUUGUUGUUGUUAUUGUUGUUGUUUUUCUCUUGUUGAAAGCACUGCAGUCCUGGGAGGAGGAAGAGGGGAGUGUGUGUGCGUGUGUGUUGUGGGUGAGAGAGGUGAGCAGCGGCUGACCCGAGACAACUGGCUGAUAAAAUGACAUGAAUGGAGUGAAAUUAAUUCCAUAGGAAAACUCAUCAGCUGGAUUUAUUCCCCUCUUCCCCAGCUGGUCUUUAGCUGAAUGCAAACUUGAUAGCAAACGUUUUAGCAAGAGAACUGGCUCUUGCUAUGUCCCAUACCUACUUCCAAUAGGACUCUGUCAUAAAACAGUCUUUCUGAAGAAGGUACAAAGUGGGAGCAGCAAGCUGGAUUCCUGGAAUUUGCACAGUCAGGCUUCCUGUCAGACAGAGGGAAUUUGCGGGAUUUUGUGGUAGGAUUCUUUCUUUUUAACCCCAGUUCUAAUGCAGUUUUAUAUUUUCUGUUUGGAGAAUUUACAGACCUGUAAAUAAUUUUUUAACAAUUUCUAGCCCACCAGCACCCUGAAUUCCCUCUCUGCUCUCCAUCAGGAACAGACAGGUUAAUCCUCUCGGGAAAGGGCUAACCAAAGGGUGCCCAUGCCCAGCACAGGAAAUUCCAUAUGCAAAACUCCCUUUUUCUAGAGGAUUUCUGUAUUUUAAUGCUUGCUUAUUUUCAUUAUUUCAACCACUUGCUUAGCCAGUGUAGUUCCAAGGAAAGGUGCUUUCUGCAUCUAUGUUGAAAGAUCUUCCAUUUCUGCUGAAAUUUUCCUUUCUCUGGAUACUUUAAAGGGACUUUUUUUUUUUUGAGUUCUGUACACAGCAGUUUUUUUCAGGAGUUUUGACUAAGCUUUCGUCUUCAAUUUCUUUCAGUUGUGUUUCAUAGAAGCAUGAUUCCAGACUAUAUGUGAAUGGGAUAUUGCUCCAAAGUGACCUUCUCCUGGGAGAUAGUGACAUUCACAACCUGUAACAGAUGAACAGUAAAUGGCAUGGUAUUGUCAAUUCUCACGAUUUCAUCAGGUGCCACAAUAUUUAAUCAGAGAGAGGGUUCACUUUUUUUUUAAAUCCAAGAUUCUGGAGUCAAGGGUGAAUUUUUACUUCCAGUUUCGCUAUGCACUUCUAGCUCUCAAACUCUCACAGUAAAUGAAAUUAUUGCAGCAUUGAUUGAAAUUGCUAAUUACAGAAAUAUACUGAUAACAGCAAGUGUGAUUAACCAUUUAUACAUGCUGUGGAAAUUGGAAAAGUUUACUUCAAUUUGAGACAAAGCCUUGAGAGGUGCCUCAGUGUGGAAUUGUCUCAUGAAAAGCACAGGAGUGUCUAAGCCAAUUCCCUGCACAUGAAUUAUUGGCAAUAUGAAGACCCAAACCUGGUGUCUGAUCCCAGGUUUGCCUGCUUUUUGGAAAAGAAUUAAUCCCAGUUCUGUGGCUGGUGCAGGAGGUGGCAGAGCAGUGUGUGUGCUCUGGUGUCACAAUGCUGGAGCUGCCAUCACCACCCAUGUGUGUUCUGUGCAUCAGUGCAGGGCCCCCUGUGCUGUAGGAUGUGUAUGCAUCAAUCCCAGCCAGGCCUUCCAGAGCACCGCAGGCUGCAGUGAGCUGGGCUUUGGGAUUAACGCUCGGCUCUUUGGGAUCAAAGCUGCCCUGGCUCCUCAGUGCUGACACACCUGGGGUUGUGCUCUGCAUUGGCUCAGCAGUGGUUACUUUUCCAUAUGUUCCAAACUGUCUUCCAGCUCUAGAUCCUUGCUGACCUCUGAUAUUUUAUUCCUCAAACUGUGCCUUUGAGUUCCUUCUUUCUCCCUUCAGGCAUCGCAACCGUAGCAACUUGUGUUUGUGUUGAACUGUCAUGUGAGGGCCUCUUCUACACAAACCCUUUUUGUAGGCUAUUUCUGUUGCAUCUGCAUGUCCCUGUAGCCAUGUACUGUAAUUGCACAGCUGUAGCAUGGAGGAACAUGUUCCCAUCCCUUUUGGCAAGGGCAUGUGAACUGCUGCCUUGUGGCACCGUGCAGGUGACGUGGGUGUGCUGUGACUGAGGUGUGAGUGAGCGCCCCUGGGGCUGCACUGACAGAACUAGGCAGAAGCAGAUGUGUUGUUCUAGGAGAGUUAUUACAGCAUUAUUUUGGGAAACACCUUUCCCUGGAGCUCCCCAGUGCUCUGGUCAUGUCAGAGGUCACUGGCUUAGCUGUGUGGUUUGAUGCUGAGGGCUCUGAGGUGUCCACUUUGGUUUCUGCAAUAGGGGCAGCACUCCAGCCUGGAUUUUUAGAGGGGAAAUAAUCCCUGCCCUAGUAUUGGUAAGGUCUUUGGUAGUGCAUCAUUUCAACACUGUACCUUGUCCUGUGUGUUUCUCAAGCUUGUAGAAUGCUUGUAGGAAAAAGCAGUGUCUGUCUCAGAGCCUGACCCCUCCCUGUGGUCUCAUUGCUUAGGCUGCUUGUUUCUCUGCUCUUCCAGUUUCUCCCCUAAGGUGCCAGGUGUGCUCCUUCCACUCCCAGCACCGAGGAGUCGCUGCCUGCGGACCCCAGAGGGAUGAAGGUUCCAGAGUCAGUGCUGCACGCCUGGAAUUGAUCUGCUGCAGUACAAAACACUGCUCUUGAGUCCUGCAGGCAGCUGUCUCUCCUAGUUUGUUACCAAGCAGCCUUCCAGAAAAACUUUCAGCCUCCUGAAGCUGACAAUAUGUGAAAAUGCCAGUUUCUAUUUUGUCCAGACUGAUAAAAUCCAAGUGGCACUAAACCACGUGUCUGUUCAGGAGCAGGAGCCCUGCCUGGGCCUGAUCAUGUUUAGGUUUAGACUCAUGGCCAGUGGCUUCUGCAGCAGUGAGGGACUAAAUGGUGCAGUGUGUGAUGGGGAGCAUGACAGAUGCUGGCUUUGAGUUCACACUCUGAGCCAAGGCUGAUGGGCUGUGUCUAACGCUGUGCAAGGAGCUGCUGCUCUCACUGGGGAACAGAUGAAGUAGAGCAGAAGAAAUUGGAUAGCCUGGAGGAAGAAUACUUGUGUUCCUCAGACUGAACAGGAAAAGUCACCCCAUCCUGGUGUUCCAGUCCAUGCUGGCCACAUUGGUACCAUUCUAGGAGGGUUCUCUCCAAACCUCAAAACCAAUUCCCUGGGCUUCUUGAGUGCUCAGGAAAAGCUUGAGGCCAGGUAGGGCAGGGAGAUGGAGCAGCCUCUUGUGUGUGGCCCUUUGGCAGGUGUGUGUGGUGUCUGCAAUGUGUGAGGUGAGCAGGGUGAUAAGGGACAGGCUUUGAGAGGACAGAGGGAGCACAGCCUAGGGGCAGCAUCCUGUAAAUCCCUGUUCUUUGCAACUCUAGGCCCUUUUUUAAGGGAAAUAGAUUUCACAUCUAGGAAUUAAUCCAACUGUAUCAGAAAUGGGCAGCUUUUUACAAAAGCACAGAUCCAUACAGCUACACAUUUUGUCACAUUCCUUUCCAGUGGCAUAACUCAGGCAGGGAGAUUACAGGAGCAUGGAAAGGGAUGUGUGUAUUGUCUAGUUAGAGAAUAUGAGGUGUAUCCACUAAUAAAUUCUUUAUCCAUCCAAUAAGUCAUCUAAGAAAUGGGGUUUAUUUUGCAUUCAUGUAAUUGCCUUGGUUUGGCUGUGAGUUUUUCCCACGUGAUAUAUUCAUUUCAUAUUUUGAUGCUUGCAUAAAUGCACCUGCUUUUAACUUGGAAGUCCAUGAAUUUUAUAGUCAUGUCCAUGAAAUGUGUCAGCAAUACUUAACUUGUGUGGAUGAAUUUUGCUUGUGUUCUGCAAAAAUGUCUGUUGUUCCUGGAGAACCAUUCCUGUGUGAGUUGAACCACAAUGUGCAUUUCCAUCAGUGGUUGGCAUGGUCAGCCACAGGUAUCCAGCUGAGUCUGCCAGAGGAAAAAGGGUUAAAUUCAGGGUGAUGUUUUUAGGUGUUUUCUUCUCCACAGUAAGUUAACUCCCAGGAGAGUGAGCAUGUCCUUACAGAUCAUGCCUGCCAGGAAUCCUACCUGCAAAAAUAGAUUUUCUGUCUCAAGGGCCUUAAUAAGAGUGUUACUACACAGAACUGUUCUACAAUGAUAGCUCUAAAUAAUUUAUUUUUUAUUUCAACAAAGUACACCUUUAAAAAGGAAUAAACUUGUUUUUCAAGCCGUAUUUUUAUGCUUGUAGCACUGGACUGUUUGGUCUAUGAGAUCCAUUUCUGCAUUUCAUUGCCUGGGUUUGUUCUAAAGAAGAUUUAUUUUUGUUCUGUGAAUAAUUUUUGAAGGUUCUUGUAAUAUGUACAGAUAUAGAUACAUUUGAGGACUUUUAUUGAUAUUCCUACAAAGAAUACAAAUAAACUUUAACUUUAAACAGUUUGGAUUCUAAACUUA